AUGCCUAUGCACCGCGCAAAAGCGCAGGGGGUGGUGAUGGACGAGAUAAAGGACAUUUACAACUCGUAUUUGAGCGAGGCCUUCGCAAAAGGCGUGCCUGUGGAAACAGGCGCAACGCGAAAGCUGAGGGACCUGGUGGUAUACAGCGACAUCGUUGGGUUCGCCCGGGUAAGAGGUGUGCUUGAAAACCCUGCGGCAAAAAGGGCGGAAAUUCUUCGCCUGCAUGGAAGGCUAAAGAAAGCCAUAAACCGGCCUAGGCGAGUAUUCCUGCGGCACUCCAACGAGUGCAAUUUGGGGCUUCUGUGCUCUCUAAUGCUCCCUUCUGCCCUGGUCGUGCUCACCAACAUGAAGGCGCUUAUCAGGAAGUAUCGACUCCGACACUGUUUCACAAAGUAUAUUUAUGCGGGGAUUGGAAAAAAAAGAAGCAGCAGAGAAUGUGUACAGACAUAA